AUGUCGAUCAAAGACUCCAACUUCCCGUCCUCCGCCGCUUUCGACGCCAUCAACGCAGCCCUAUCCGACGACACCGAGCGCAAAGACGCCAUCAAAAAAGGCGGUGCCAUCUUCGCCUUCACCCUCAAGAACAGCAACGGCGCACAAGAGAGCUGGCACAUUGAUCUAAAAGACACAGGCAAAGCCGGCAAGGGCACCGCUCCCGAUGGGAAGAAGUCUGCCGUCACACUAUCACUCAGUGAUGCGGAUUUCGGCAAGCUGGUCAAGGGUGAAGCGAAUGCGCAGAAGUUGUUCAUGAGUGGAAAGCUCAAGGUUAAGGGAGAUGUCAUGAAGGCUACCAAGAUGGAGCCGAUUUUCAAAAAGGUCCAGACAAAGGCAAAGCUUUGA